GACUAAUCUCGUUCACACCGUCUGCACUCAGAAGAUUUGGAAAAGUAUUAUAUCCUCAGGGUUUGUACUAUAUUUUUCAUUCCCCUCGUUUGUACGCUCUCCAGCAUCAAUCUUACAUUCAUCUUCCCUCGUUUGCCAUUUUUUCGCACCUGGAAUCCAAGCACUAUGUCGAACUACAGCCAUUUUGGGGAGUGCGAUAGGUUUUCGCAGUUGUCAGACGAAUUUAUGUGCUGGCUAAAGCAGAGCGCUGGAGUCAGAGUGAGCCCGAAGAUUAAAAUUGCAGAUCUGAGGUCUGAAGGUGCCGGAAGAGGCAUUGUGGCCCUUAGCAAUAUCAACGAAGACGAAGAGCUCUUUGCCAUACCACAAAACCUAGUGCUUAGUUUUCAAAAUUCGAAGCUUAAAGAUCUUCUACAUAUAAGUGAGAAGGAUUUGGGCCCAUGGCUUUGUCUCAUUCUUGUGAUGAUAUACGAGUAUCUCCAAGGUGGGGCAUCUCCAUGGUCACGAUACUUCCAGGUCCUGCCCACAGAAUUUGAUACCCUGAUGUUUUGGACUGAUGAGGAACUCCGGGAACUAAGCGGAAGCGCCGUAUUAAACAAAAUCGGUAAAUCUGAUGCAGAAGCGGCUAUCCUUCGGGAUAUUUUUCCUAUUGUUUCAACGAAUCCUCACCUUUUCCCACCCAUUAGCGGUCUGGGAUCGUAUGACUCGCCAGAUGGCAGGGCGACACUACUCUCUCUUGCUCAUCGAAUGGGCUCAUUGAUUAUGGCUUAUGCUUUUGAUAUUGAAAAGGGAGAGGACGAAGAGGGGGAGGUCCAAGAUGGUUACAUAACAGACGAGGGGGAGGAGCUGACCAAAGGAAUGGUGCCUUUGGCGGAUCUCUUGAAUGCGGAUGCAGAUCGAAAUAACGCACGACUGUUCCAGGAAGAUGGUUAUCUUGCAAUGAAAUCAAUAAAACCCAUACGAAACGGGGAGGAAAUUUUCAACGACUACGGCGAACUACCUCGUGCAGACCUGCUAAGACGUUAUGGUUACGUUACUGACAACUAUGCCCAGUACGAUGAAGCUGAAAUUUCCAUGCAAGCCAUUUGUAAAGCAGCUGGGAUCCAACCUGCAACCCCCGACCCAGAGCAGCCCCGCCUAGAAUUCUUAGAAAAUUUGGGAGUGUUUGAUGACGGCUACGGCAUCCCACGACUCAACCCCAAUACACCCUUAAUGGAAGCGCUCCCCGAGGAGCUAUUGAUCGCUCUCAAUACCCUAACAAUGCCGCCCGAACAAUUCAGCGAGCGCAAAACGAAGAAUAAGGCUCCGAACCCUACACUAGGAGUGACGCAAGCUACUUUACUUGGACACGCGGUACAACAGGCACUGGGCGGAUACAUCACAACGCUCGAGCAGGACAAGCAGCUUUUAGCUACAAUUUCCAACGUCCAGGCAUCCACUGUGUCCGGAAGGCGCUUUAAGAUGGCACUGCAAGUCCGAAUGGGAGAAAAAGAAAUACUGUCACAACUCCUUGCCGCUCUUGGAGAAUUCAUUAAACUACCUGACGCCAAUUCAGGCAUGAAGCGGAGUACGGAACUCUCCGUAGCUUCGGACGAGAAGCGAAGGAAGCUAUGAACGAAUGUGGUACAAAUCAAUUGAAGGAGCUUAGAAUCCAGAAAGGCAAAAAAUAAAACAUUCUCUAAAGAGGAAGGGACGAAAGAACGAUGAUGUUGAGUCGUUUUUUACAAUAUUUCCCAUUUUUUUUAAGGAUUUUUAGCUAACUUUAGCAGUAUUGUACACGGUAUACCCACGAUAUACCAUUUUGGACUAUGUACAUUAACAUAUAUAGAGGUGAAAGCGGGGUGCUCCAUUUUUCCGCAGGUGAUGGCAAAUUUAUAUCGCCUGCGUCGAUGUAAGAUGGAAUUGAGGAUAUUGUGACGAGAAGAAGCACCAAAACGAAAAACCUGAGAAACCGGGCCAGACCACAAACGCCGACCAUGCUAAGAGGCACUCACGAAAACGAAAUAGAGCGAAUAAGAGAUACAUCAAGACGGAGCUUGAGCCGACGGCGGCCCUUUCAGUACUGUGUUGGUCGCUCCGGUCAAGGAGCUGUUUGGACCCGCCAUCACAGCGGCUUCUCCCUGAAGGCGCCGUUGAGCUUGCAGCUGUGCUUGCAGCUGGGCUUGUGCUGCGGCCUGAUCCCUCGACUUGGCUGAAAGAUACGCCCGGUGUUGCAUGAUUUGGACAUCGAAUUGAUCCAUUUCAAAUAUCGGAUCCAUGUCCUCAUCGUCUUGAUCAUACUUGAAUCGCUCGAGUUUUAUCGGAUCAACCUCUGACUUAUUUCUGAAGGGAAGGUUGCGACGAUCGAUCAUCAUCCGCCCGCCACGACCUACACGUCGCCGGAAGGACGGCAUGUUUCUACUGGACUCUUCUUCUGAAGGUGUACACUGUCGCACCUUCAUGGCGAACUUGGUCAGUGCAUCGAAACGGUUCACCUCUUCCAACGCAUCUCGACUAUGGUCCGAGGACUCCGAAGCUGGAGGUGUGGGAAGAUAUUCUGUGGUGAUUGCCGGACGGAACUCCGCAUCAAAGCUAUGGUCUGAAGUUGGAGUAAGUGGUGCUGUCGUCCAAUCGACAUAUCCCUCAUUCCAUUUAGCAUGUUUGGCGAUGUUUUGCUUGAUUUCACGUAAAACUUCGUUUUCUUUAUCUGCUUGAACGUCAUCCAGCAGUACCAGGUCCUCUCCAGGGUGCCCUCCAGGUCGGGGGGGCAUGCGGAGCUGUGUGGUGACAGGACGACCGCCAGCUGGCGUUUCUGCAGGCCGUUUCUUAGGCUGCUGUGAUACGACAUUAGCAAGAGAGUUCUCAGGUCGUAUGCGAACCACAAUUCUUACCCUUUGGUUGACGAGGUCAUCAUCAUCGUCCUUGAUACCAAGUUUCCUUUUCAUCUCCUUUACCUCAGCCCGUUGGACAAAUAUUUGUCGCUCUGCGAUAAGCAACUCUUUCCUUGCUAGUUCGCGUUGUCGUACCAUGGCGACUAACUCUCGAGCUUCUUCUAACUCCUUUCUAAGUCGCCGAAGCUUCUCGGCACUCUGGGCAUCCCUACCACGGGUUUUGCGGAUUUGUCGCACCUCCCUUCUACGGAAGCAAACGUAUGGAUCACCAUCGUCUGUUUCUUGGCCGGUCUCAAACUGUGAAAGGCGCGUUAGCACUGGACAUCCACUUCUAUGCACGAUUGCGGUACUCACUUUGAGUCCUGUCUGUAAGGGGCGAUUUCCAGAUUUGGUUCUCCUGGCCUUCCAGUGUUCAUAGAUAUCCUUGGCAAACCUCCUUAUUUUCUCAUCUACAAGCCCGUCAAAGGAAUUUUCCAUUUCAGAAUAUGGGAGUACCGGAGGGCUAUCGACCGAUGCAAACGGCUGCUUGGUCUGGGCAGUCUCCUCGAAGAAGGCCAUGACCUCUUCGAAUUGAUCCUCGGUGCAUUGUGUCGACGCAUCCUUCUUCUGGUUCAUAAUCUUAAGAGCGACAUCGUCCUCUUCGACUAAAUUAUAACUACACCCGCUACAAUCUUCCACCGUGGAUGAAAAACGGAUGUACGUCGCAGGUUGCGAGAAGGUGGGCUUGUACAAGGUGUCAUAUUUGAUGGAGCUUGUUACUGUUUCGGGGGUAGGGAUAUGAGCCUGCGCAACGUUCCCACGAGCAGCAGCAUUUAUCGCCGCUUGGAGAUGGUAUUCCUACAGAAGAUACAGAAAGCAAGCGUUGUCAGCGCAAUCUACCGCACUUAUUUCCGA